UAAAUAUUUUAUGAUUAUUUCAGCUAAUUUUAGUCCCAAUCAUGACCAGUUUCGGACUGGUAUUCAAAGACACAUUCAAUGCAUUGGGCUUUUCGGCAACCGAUGGCUCAGUCAUCAUCAACACAAACGCGGCGUGCAGUAUGAUGACCGGACUGAUAAACGGCCCACUGCUGAAAUAUUUCGGCCCCCGCAAGGUAUCCAUCGCCGGUGCAGUGUUUACUACGGCGGGUGUGAUACUCACCUCCUUCGCCAAUUCGUUUACAUGGUUUCUCAUCAGUUACAGUUUUAUUACAGCAUUGGGUAUGGGAAUGGGCAUGUCAUCUUACCCGUACGCCUUGAACUUGUACUUCGUGAAGCGUCGGAGCAAGGCUGCCGGUAUCGCAAUGACCAUCACAGGAUUGGGACCUGUGUUGAUGCCGCAGAUGAUCAGUCUUCUGCUUUCUUUAUACGGCGUGCAGGGUGCUAUGUUGGUAAUUGGCGGAGUUGCCGCCAACUCCUUUAUUGCCGCCACCCUUCUACAACCUGUUGAAUGGCACAUGAUUGAGGAAGCCAUCGAUGAGGAAAAUGGUAACACUACCAAACAGGACGAGACGAAAUCCACUUUAUUACCUACAGAUAAUCCCGAAAAAGAAAAGGAGCAUCGGCUCUAUGACAGACAAAGUUCCUUUGCGCAAUCAGUGGUCUCAAUCGAUCACGACCUUGAAGUGCAAGCUAUUUACGGAAUGGAUACUCCAUUGGCCGGCAGUGUGUUAUCUCUAAGUCCUGGUUUAAAAUCACGUAAACAAUCAAUCUCCAGCUUCAAGUCGGUUACCGAUGACUUCUCCAAGUCGAUGAACCGUCUGAAUGCCCAACGAUCUUUGAGUGAGCCAAAUGAGAAGGUGCCCAUCAUCAGUGAGGAGUCUAACUCCUUGAAAGAAGCUUCCAACGGAAACGGUAAACUGCAUGAUGCGGACACGCACGUCGAGAAAGAAAACCCCAAGAAAAAGAAAAACCUCUGCCAACGUAUCAUGACUUCCAUCGUGACUAUUUUUGAUCUAACACUUUUCAAAGACCCAGUCUACGUUAAUAUUAUGUUGGGAAUGUCUCUUGCUGUUUUCGCCGAGAUUAAUUUCUCUCUUUUGACUCCGUUUAUUAUGGCGGACUUUAUGUUGACAACACCUCAAAUCGCAAUGUUUCUUUCGGUUUUAUCCAUUGCUGAUUUGUGUUUCCGAUUUCUAUCGCCAUUUAUUGGUGAUUUUCUUAACAAACCACCCAGGAUUAUGUAUUUAUUUUCAUUGCUUCUACUGAUUUCUACUAGGUUCUCUUUGUUGUUCUUUAGCGCAUACGAAGACCUUCUAUUUGUAGCUGUUGCUUUGGGAAUUGCGAAAGGUAUUCGUACCGUUUAUUGGACACUCGUGAUUCCCAAUUACGUGCCAAUAGAAAGAUUAGCAAACGCUUCCGGUAUUCAAAUGGUGGUUAAUGGACUCUUUAUUAUGGCUGGUGGUCCCUUAAUAGGUGUAAUCCGUGACUUGACCGGAAGUUACCGCCGAUGCAUCAUUGUGUUGAACAUCGUGACAUUGACAACCGUUCUAAUGUGGACGACGGAAAUGCUCUACAAACGCUAUAAAUCUACAAACCAGGUGGUAAAAAACGAAAAAUCUUAAUUGUCACUCGUUUAAACUCUCGGAGCUCACUGAACAAAAGGUAACGAUGUAAUUUAUUAGUGGCCAACUAUUGAGGUUACGUGCGUCCGAACGUACGUUCUGUGAUACAUGCACUGAGUUGCACACUUAGUUUCAAUGUACUUUUUAUACAGGAUGCCGAUGAAUAUUCCAUAAAACACUAGUCGUAUAAAUCAUUAUUUAUGAGCGCCUUCAUUUAGCGGUAGUGUUUUCGUGCAACAUCUACUUUAUUGAAUGGGAAAUUCCUCUUAAAAUAGAUUUUAGUGACACAUAGAUCAAAUUGUGGUAUAAUUAUUAUAUUUAUUAGAAUAUUUUAUAGAUCUAUACGUAGGACAAUUAGUUUAACUAACUAAGAAACAGUUGAAUAUUAUAUUGUAUAUUUCCGCAAUAUUUGACGACCAAUAAACUAUUUAUUUUUUGUUUUA